AUGGACGACAACGGGGUGGAUUCACCGUAAGUUUUGAUUUUUGUGUUUAAAUAUUAAAUGAUGAGGAUAUUAACCUUUUGUAAUAAAGUGGAGCACGUUCUGCUGUAUUAAAUGUGUAAACAAUUUGUUCUCCAGAAUGGCAGUUGAUAGAAGUGAGCAGGAAGGAAGAUGGGCACAUGUGGAGAAAUUGUUGAACAGAAACGGACCUUUUGCCCACCCAGACUUCGAACCUGGCCCUGAUGUAAGCUGUUAAACUCUACAUAGUUUUAUUGAGUGCAAUGCAGAGUGGCAGCACUGUCCCCUUGGCAAGUACAAUCAUUGGCAUCUUUAAUGCCCUACACAAAAAGGUUAACCAACAGGCAACUAGUUUGAUGAAGGCACUUGUCUUUGUCUAAGUUGUCUUGGAAUAUUUUUCUAUUUAGCUUUUGAACUUGUACAAACAUGGAAAACUCAGAGAUGAUUAGAUGAAAUAUGUUAUUAGAGUCUGAUAAAUUGUUAUAUUCUUAAUAAUUAGAUUUUCCAGUUUGUAAGAGAAGUCACAAAAAUCCUCGUCAUUGGAGCAGGAGGCUUGGGUUGUGAGCUACUGAAAGAUUUGGUAAGAACCCCACUAAGAAAGCUUCAGUUUGAUAAGGAUGCGCAGCUAUCUGAAAAAUACAAGGAGAAUUUCAACGUUUUGAGUGAAGACCUUUCUAAGGACCGACAACAAUGAAGCUUGGCCUUCACUCGAAAGUUCUCUUUGUAUUUUUUCACAUAGUUGUGAAGUUUUUUGACAUGUGAAGCUUUGUUAUUAUUGCCACUACCUACACUGGCACACACUGUUCACGAUUAAGAAGAUCACUGUCGUUUGUGUUAGUACAGACACAGAUUUUCACAUUUUUGUUUAGGGGGGGGGGAUAAAUAUCUGGGGGGUGUUACGCUUGCUUUGGGCAUGGUGGCAACACCCGGAAAGGCCAAGGAAAAAGUUUAACAAAAUUUUGGUUUCUAGGCCUGCAUGGCGAGAUCUGAGACCAUAAUAUUGGUAAUUUUACAAAUUUAGUAGUAAGAAUAAUCAAAUAUGAAACUAUCAAAUCAAAAUAUAUGUAAUUUGCGGGGGUGCCAAAUGCCUUUGGGGUGUGUGCAAAUCAUUUCUGCGCGCACCCGUACCCCCCAGAGAAUCCAUGCCUGUGUUAGUACAAAUCAGUGUUUGAACUCUGAGGCAUAUGAUAUUUGAAUUUUCAGGCACUUAGUGGCUUUCAAAACAUUGAUGUUAUUGAUAUGGAUACAAUUGAUCUUUCAAACCUCAACAGACAGUUCCUUUUCAGGUUUGAAACUUUUUGACUUUCCAUAUGUAAUAUAAUAUCCCCAAAUGAUAUGACAAGGAUUGCUUUUCAAAUGCCAGAACUCUGUUUUAUAUUUUGAUUGUAUUGUUACUUGUAGUGAUUACUGCAUUAUUUUAUAAAUAUUCAGGUCGAAGGAUAUUGGUAAACCAAAAGCUUUGGUAGCAGCAGAAUUUAUAAAUAACCGUAUUGAGGGUUGCCAGGUUACACCGUAUCCUUUCAAAUAACAUGAUGGUUAGCAAUAGAAAAAUCAUCAUGGUGUGAAAACAUAAGAAAUGAAUGUAGUUGUUGGUUUUAAUUUAUAUCAGACAUUUCUGUAAAAUACAAGACAAGGAUGAUGAUUUUUACAGAGGUAAAAUAAUUUAUUUCCUUUUAAUGAGUAGAAUUGUUAAGUAGGAUUGACAGGAUUUACAAUUUGUUUUCAAAGGUUUUCAUAUCAUUGUCUGUGGGCUGGAUUCUGUUAUGGCAAGAAGGUGGAUUAAUGGAAUGUUGGUAUGA